CUUACUGCUGGAGCCCUGGCCAUGAGCAACCUGGCCUUGUACCGGGGCAUCUACACCGAGGAGCGUUUCCAGCAGCUCUAUGGGGCAUCUGGACCCCCCCAGGAGGGCAGCAGCCUGGCAGGGGUGCUGAAGGGCAAGCUGAGCCAGGGCUGCCAAUGCUCCCGGGCAGCAGCCUGGGGCUUCUUCCAGAGGAGGCUGCCCAUUGCCAGCUGGCUGCCCAGGUACCAGCUCAAGCAGUGGCUGCCAGGGGACCUGGUGGCAGGGCUGACGGUGGGCAUCGUUCACAUCCCCCAAGGAAUGGCCUUUGCUCUCCUCACCUCAGUAGCACCAGUUUAUGGGCUCUACACUUCGUUCUUCCCUGCUUUGCUGUACAUGCUCUUUGGUACUGGACGUCAUAUCUCCACAGGCACCUUUGCUGUGGUCAGUCUGAUGACAGGCUCUGUGGUGGAGCGUUUGGUUCCUGAACCUCUGCAGUCUAAUAGCACAGUCCCUGGUGAAGCAGCUUUGUUGGAGGGGCAACGCAUUGGUGUGGCUGCAGCCAUGGCCUUCCUUGUGGGGCUCCUCAUGAUAGUGAUGUUCACACUACACCUGGGCUUCCUCUCCACCUACCUCUCGGAGCCUGUCAUCAAGGCCUUCACCAGUGGUGCUGCCUUGCAUGUAGUGGUAUCUCAGCUCCAGAGCCUGCUGGGUCUUCCUCUGCCACGUCCUGAUGGCUGUUUUGCCAUCUUCCAGACACUGUCAUCUGUUGUGGAAGCCUUGCCUUUAACCAACAUCGCUGAGCUGCUUAUCUCAGGUCUUUGCUUGGUUGUACUGGUGCCAAUAAAAGAGAUCAACAACCGCUAUCGUAGCCGGAUGUGGGUCCCCAUCCCAGGAGAGAUCAUCAUGGUACUGCUGGCCACUGCGAUCUGCUUUGCUUCCUCCCUAAACACUCAUUAUAAGGUGCAGAUUGUUGGACACCUCCCGGCAGGGUUCCCACAGCCCCAGCUCCCAGCCCUGCAUCUGCUGCCCCAAGUGCUGGGUGACACGGUGGCCCUCACUUUCGUGGCCUACGCCAUCUCAGUGUCCCUGGCCAUGAUCUACGCUGAGAAGCACCACUAUAUCAUUGACCCCAACCAGGAACUUCUGGCUCAUGGCCUUUCAAACUUGGUGUCCUCCCUGUUCACCUGUUUCCCCAGUUCAGCCACACUGGCUACAACCAACAUCUUGGAGAGUGCUGGUGGACGCACGCAGCUUUCUGGUCUCUUUACCAGUGCUGUUGUCCUGAUUGUUCUCAUCUGGAUUGGACCACUCUUCUACUAUUUGCCCAAGUGUGUCCUGGCUUGUAUUAAUGUCACCAGUCUUCGGCAGAUGUUUCUACAGUUCCAGGAUCUACCUGAGCUAUGGAGGAUCAGCCGCAUUGAUUUUGCUGUCUGGGUGGUCACAUGGCUCUCUGUGGUUGUGCUUAGUGUCGACCUUGGCCUGGGAGUGGGAAUUGUGUUCUCCAUGAUGACUGUUGUGUGCCGCACACAGAGGGCCGAAUGCUCCGUGCUGGGCAGGGCAGCUGAUACAGAGAUCUAUAAGCCUGUCAAAUACAACAGUAAGUGCUUUGAGAUCCCAGGUGUCAAGAUUUUAAGCUACCAAGCCCCCAUCUAUUAUGGGAAUCGCAGUUUCUUUCGUGAUACUCUAAGCCAACUUGUGGGGCUGGACCACAGCUUGAAGCAAUAUGAGGACCAAGGUCCCAACAACAAGAUUAAGAUGGACAUCAGCACUGUGGAGAGCAGUGUCUCUGUCCUGGACAAGAAGCAAAACUCAAGCAUAUCAGUACAGGCUGUGAUUCUUGACUUCAGUGGAGUGUCUUUUGUUGACUCAGCUGGAGCCCGUCUCCUUAUUCAGGUGUGUGUGGAAUGCCAGAAAGCAGGAGUGCAGAUGCAUUUGGCUGCCUGUAAUGCCAACGUUCUGCAGACCUUAAGUUUCUGUGGCCUGAUGCAUCACCUUCCCCCACAGCAGAUUUUUGUCACUGUCCAUGAUGCUGCUUCUUAUCUCCAGCAGACCACGGAAAAUGUGGAACAGAAGGAUCCAACCAUUUGGGUGUAACCAUCUCCUGCCUGCCACGGAUCAAGGAGUGCAUCAAUCAAUCUGUGCAUACUAGGACAAGGACUGUCUAAGAUUACAAAGACAUGCUAAAGGCAGCUGGCUGCCAUGAAUAUCAGCAAGAUUCUGCUUGCUACUGGAGGUCUGGUUUGUUAGGAACAGACCCACAGAGAAAGAAGGCAGAAGGGUGAGAUGAACAGAGCCCUCAGGAGUACCUCCUUGUGCCAAGAGCUACAUAGUUAGUUGUAGCCAGAUUUAGGUGACUACUACAUUAGCAAAGGGAUGUCUUGUUUUGUACUCCCUCCUGUCCUGUGCUCCAUCUUUCUGUGCCCUUCCCACAACAAAACAAAGCAAGAUCUUUUCUUUUUUUUAAAAAAAAAUGCUUUAUUACCUUCAAAUUGUCUUUACAGGAAAAAAAGGGUCUGACAGUAAUCACCAGAAAAAUAAUUUAAGACUAACGGAAUAGAGAGGGUUUCAGCCCAUACAACUGAAGGAAUGGUGCAAGGGAGAGCACAAGACCGGGGGCUCACUCACACUACACAGCUAUAGUGCUAUGAUUCCGCUUUAACUGUCAUGGGAACAUCCCAUGGAACCCUAGGCUUUAUAUUUGAUGGAAGAGCCUUUAUAAUUCUCAAAGAAUAGUUCUCUGGUGCCUCUGAUCAAACUACAAACCACAGGAUUCCAUGGGAUGGAGCCACAGCAAUUAAAGUAGAAUUAUAGUGCUGUAAUAAGUGUAAUAUGAAAGGGAUCCUGGUGUGGACGUCAGCAGCUCUCAUUCCUUUUUUGCUUUAUGUAGGAGGAGAGACGUCACUCUGAUUGCCUAGUACCUAUUGGGACCAGAAUGGAGUGCUGUUAAACAGCCUGGCCUUGGAUCCCAAGAUGUGGAGAGGAAUAUAACCUUUAUUUUGUUCAUUUCUUUAUUCUGCUCUGAGAAUUUGGUUGCUGACUACUGAUUGAGAUGUGCACACUGCAGUAUCAGGCAAAAAGGAGGCAACACUGCAGGUAGCCUUUGUGAGUGUCAGGGAACUAGGACUCACCUUCCAAGCACCAUCCCUUGACCAGGAGCAUCUCUACUUUGCAUUUUAGACCUUUGUCCUUCACCAGAGAAUCACCAGAAGAGUGUUAACAAUACAGUUGGAACUCUUUAUUACACUCAGGAGUUUAUCACACUAACGAGAUUCUGCGGGAAAACGGGAGCUAACCGAGGAAUGCCCAAAGUUUAUCACAUGAUGUCACAGUUAACGUGAAAUAAUGCGAAGUUAAUCCGAACGCAAAGCUGAGGAAACGGCAGCUUUUUACUUUCAGAAUAAUCAAAAGUUAAAACUUCACAUUAU